CCCAUGAGCUCAGACUUCCAGCAUUACAGCUUCAGGAUGCCGAACAUCGGGUUCCAGAACCUGCCUCUCAACAUUUACAUUGUGGUGUUUGGCACAGCCAUCUUCGUCUUCAUCCUCAGUUUGCUCUUCUGUUGCUACUUGAUCAGGCUCAGACACCAAGCACACAAGGAGCUGUAUGCCUACAAACAGGUUAUACUCAAGGAAAAGGUGAAGGAGCUGAACCUACAUGAGAUCUGUGCUGUGUGCCUGGAGGAAUUCAAGCCCAAGGACGAGCUGGGGAUCUGUCCCUGCAAACAUGCCUUCCACAGAAAGUGCCUCAUCAAGUGGCUGGAGGUGCGCAAAGUCUGUCCCCUCUGCAACAUGCCGGUGCUGCAGCUGGCCCAGCUGCACAGCAAGCAGGACCCCGGCCCCCCGCAGGGCCCCCUCCCCGGCGCAGAGAACAUCGUAUAG